GUUUUGUGAAUGUAAACCAUGGCUUGGGGAGGUUCUACCGAUUCCUCUUACACUAAUCAGGUUAAAGCAUCCAAAAACGAGCCAAACGAUGGACAGGCUAAAAUAGAUCGAUUACUUUCAUCGAACUUGCCCUACGCAGAAGUGCUCGAAAGGAUCAUUCAAAUUGAAUCAAGUGGAAAUAGUUCAAAUGGGGAUUUUGAAAAUAGUUCAGAACUUGAUAGAGAGGCGCUAUUAAAUAGUGGAUUGAAAUCCAGAGCAGAGCUUUAUGAAUUUAAGCGGCAACAGCUAGAAUCAUUUCAAAGUGAUUCGUGGAGCUGGGAUCUGUUGAAUCAAUUUCUGAAAGAUCAGGCCAAGAAAUCAAAGCUCUCUGAGCUGGAGUUGACGAUGAAGAAGUUCUUGGAUACUUCCAAAGAACUUCAAGGGAAAGAAGUUGACACGAAACAGAUUCAAGCAGGAGUUGUAUAUCUAAUUAAAGUUCUAAGAGGGACUAAAUACAUUUCAAAUGAGCAAAGACAUCAGCUAAAGCUUUAUUUUGGCGAGUAUAAUGAAACUCCGAUGAAUCGAGCGGUAAAUUUAGUCGAGGCUCUUGAGAAGCUUUCAAAAAUUGAACUCAUUCAAUGGAACCUUUUGGACAGUCCACCGAAAAGCGAAGACUUGAUGGAUAAACCGUUCGGUUCUGGAAUAACUUUGAUGCCUUUUACUGGAAACUUGCCGCACGUGAGAUGUUUUCUCGAUGAAGAAGGUUGCAGCCAAUCAAAUGGCACUAUUUCAAAUGGAGACGUGGUCCACUCUUUUGAUUGGUUAAUUGAUCAGUUGAAGCCGAAAUACAGUGUGAAAGAGCAGACGAUAGGGCUAGGGGUCCACGAGAUGGCGAGUGCAGUGAUGGAACUGCUGAAGAAUAAGUUGAAGUCCAAUGAAGAUUUGCAGUCGGAUUUGUUGGAGUUGCUAGGAUUUGAUUUCAUUGAGUUAGUGAUUGAAAUCUUGGCGCAUCGUGACGCCAUAGUGUUGAGUGAAGACACCGUCUCAAAGCAGAGAAAGGACAUUGCGAAUCGAGAGCAGCAGACUAGUAACAGCAGUGGCAUCAAUACCAGAAACACAAUCAAUCCACAGGUGUUGAAGAAAUUCCUGCCAAAGUUGCCGCAGACUAACGCGAGUGGGUGCCAGAUUGUGGUGCAGAGUGGGGAGGAGAAGGAGAUGCGGAAACUAGUGAGGAAGGAGGAGAAGAGGUACAGGAAGCUACAGAUGCAGGCACACCAGCACAACAAAGACAAUGCCGAUGACCAAGGCAUCUCCAGAUCUUUCGCUCAAGCUCAAAUGCAACUUGCAGCUGCUCAAAACGAGCCCGUCAUUCGGUAUCAGGCAGCUGAAACGCCGAAAUAUCCACACGUGUAUGAUAUGAAACUAGAAAUAUCUCAAAAAGCGACCAACGCUGGAGGUUUCAAGAUCAUGCUGCCUGCAGACACCAAGUACUUUUCAGAUGAAAUCAAAGAAGAAGUUAGUAUUCCAGCGAGUAAACAACCUCCAACUGACGUCGGCAAAGACCGAAUUCAAGUCACAAGUCUCCCGAAGUAUGCGCAAGCGGCGUUCCAAGGCUUCAAACAGUUGAAUCUAAUUCAAAGCGUAGUAUACCCAGCAGCUUUGCUAUCAAGUGAGAAUCUUCUGAUCAGUGCGCCGACAGGGGCAGGUAAAACGAACAUAGCUUUGCUGACUAUUUUACACGAAGUUGGAAUGCACGUAAAAGGCGAUGUAGUCGAGAAAAAGGACUUUAAGAUCGUCUAUGUUGCUCCGAUGAAAGCACUGGCGGCUGAAAUGACAGAUAACUUUGGCAAAAGAUUGGGACCUUUGGGUCUUUCUGUUAAGGAACUAACAGGCGAUAUGCAGUUAAGCAAGACAGAGAUCAUGAAAACCCAAAUGCUAGUGACCACACCUGAAAAAUGGGAUGUUGUAACUCGUAAAAGCAGUGGCGAUGCCGGUUUGGUUCAAAGUGUGAAACUUUUGAUCAUUGACGAGGUUCAUUUGCUUCAUGAAGAUCGAGGAUCGGUAAUCGAAACUUUGGUUGCGAGAACACUGCGUCAGAUUGAAAGCACGCAGUCUAGAAUUCGUCUAGUUGCUCUUUCGGCUACGUUGCCUAAUUAUUUAGACGUUGCGCGGUUCCUAAGAGUGAAUCCUUACAAAGGCUUGUUCUAUUUUGACAGCCGCUUUAGACCAGUUCCUUUGAGCCAGAAUUUUGUGGGGAUUAAAUCGACAAAUAUUAUCAAGCAGAUGAUGGAUUUGGAUGAUGUUUGCUAUGAUAAAUUAAAGCAAGUUGUUCAACGCGGGUAUCAGUGUAUGGUUUUUGUUCACUCUCGAUCUGGAACUGUGAAAACAGCCCAAGCUUUAAAGGAACGAGCCAUGUCGAAAAACGAACAGGAAACAUUCAUGGCCGAAACCUGGAAGAAGGAAUAUCUAGACGCCAAACGAGACGUAGAUAAGUCGAGAAAUAAGGAAUUGCGCGAACUUUUUCCGCAUGGUUUUUCGAUUCAUCAUGCAGGAAUGCUGAGACAGGAUAGGAAUAUCGUCGAGAAGAAUUUCGCAAAAGGCAACAUCAGAGUACUAGUAUGUACUGCAACUUUAGCAUGGGGCGUCAAUUUACCCGCGCACGCUGUUGUGAUUAAGGGAACUCAGUAUUAUGAUGCACAGAAAAGUUCCUUUGUUGAUAUCGGGAUUCUAGACGUUCUGCAGAUUUUUGGACGAGCAGGCAGGCCUCAGUACGACACGUACGGUGAAGCGUACAUUUUGACAGCUUACAAUAAACUGAGUCAUUAUUUAAAUCUGUUAACCAGGCAAACACCAAUUGAAUCUCAAUACGUUGAAAGUUUAAUUGACCAUUUGAAUGCUGAAAUUGUUUUGGGCACUGUGAACACGAUUGACGACGCAGUUCAGUGGUUGAGUUACACCUACCUUUUCGUACGAAUGAAACAGAAUCCUCUAGUUUAUGCGGUUGAUUACAAUGAUUUCAUACACGACCCAGACUUGUUGAAUCAUCGGAGACAGAUAAUCGAAGACGCUGCGAAAAGAUUGGACGAUGCCAAAAUGAUUCGUUAUGUGAAAACAGGCGGAAAUAGUUACUUGUAUCCGACUGAUUUGGGAAGAACGGCGUCCCACUUCUACAUUAACUUCCACACGAUAGAGUGUAUAAAUGAUAAUCUGAAUGGGAAUAUCUUUGAGACGGAGAUUCUGAAGUUGAUCUCGAUGGCCAAUGAGUUUGUGCAGGUGAAGGUGAGAGACGAGGAGCUGGAUGAGUUGUCGGAUCUGAUGCAGGAGUGCUGGUAUGAUUGUGCAGGUGGCGCAGAGAAUAACCAUGGGAAAGUGAACAUCCUUCUGCAGUCAUACGUGAACAGAAUACCAAUGGACAGUUUUUCACUCACAAGUGACCAGCUUUACAUAUCGACUAAUGCCGCUCGAAUAUGUCGAGCUCUGUUUGAAAUAACCCUGAAAAACAAUUGGGCAAAUGCAACUAGCAGGUUACUUUCUAUCAGUAAAUGCAUUGAACAGAAAUUGUGGGAACAACAACAUCCGCUAAGGCAACUUCCUGGGAAUUUGUUGCGUGAAGAAGUUUUGGUUAAACUGGAUAGAUCUAAAUUGUCACUGGAAAGAUUGCUAGAAACUCCUGCCAAGGAGAUCUCAGCUUUGUUGAGGUUGAACCCAGCACAAGGUGAACGUUUAAAAGAACUCGCUCGAAGUUUACCGUCUAUUAGAACGGAAGCUACAGUUCAGCCCAUUACACGAUCGGUGCUUAGAGUGAAGGUUCUAAUCUACCCGAUGUUUACUUGGAAUGACAAAGUGUCAGGAGGAUCAAGUGAGCCAUUUUGGCUGUGGGUUGAGGACCCGGAGACUAAUUAUAUCUACCAUUCCGAGUACGUGACGAUAGGCAGGAAGAGUGUAGUUAGGAGAGGGGGACAGAGGCCGGACCCUGUGGAGUCUGUGUUUACUAUUCCGAUUCACGAACCUCUGCCCACUCAGUAUCUGCUGCGAAUCGAAAGCGAUAGAUGGGUUGGCUGUGGUAUCCAGACUCCCUUGUCAUUCCGACACCUGAUCUUACCCGAGCAACACCCACCGCACACGGAACUGUUGGAUCUGGAACCCAUUCCGAAAAGUGCACUCGGAAACGAGCAGUGGGAAGCUCUGUUCACCUUCUCUCAUUUCAAUCCAGUCCAGACGCAGAUAUUCCACACUAUGUAUUACACAGACUGCAAUGUGCUGCUGGGAGCGCCGACGGGGUCUGGAAAGACAAUUGCAGCCGAAAUUGCGUUCUUCAAAGUAUUCAGAGAUUACCCGGGAAUGAAAGUAGUCUACAUAGCCCCACUGAAGGCGCUGGUGAGAGAGCGAGUGAAAGACUGGAAGGUGCGGAUGGAGCAGCGACUGGGAAAACAGGUGGUGGAGUUGACUGGGGAUGUGGUGCCUGACUCACAGGCCAUCUCUGCUGCUGACAUCAUUGUGACCACUCCUGAGAAGUGGGACGGAGUCAGUCGGUCCUGGCAGACAAGACAAUUCGUCAGAUCGGUUGGGUUGAUUGUGAUAGACGAGAUCCAUCUUCUUGGGGACGACAGAGGACCAGUUCUAGAAGUCAUCGUAUCCCGAACUAACUUCAUAUCCUCACAGACUGACCGGAAGUUAAGAGUAGUGGGGUUGUCCACUGCCUUGGCCAAUGCGAGGGACUUGGCAGACUGGCUUGGAAUAAAGACGCAAGGGCUGUUCAACUUCAAACCGGCUGUGAGACCGGUUCCGUUACAGAUACAUAUCAGUGGAUUCGCAGGCAGACAUUACUGUCCUAGAAUGGCAUCGAUGAACAAACCAGCAUAUCAACAGAUUCGAACUCAUUCGCCUAACAAACCGGUGCUAAUUUUUGUUUCGUCCAGGAGGCAAACUAGACUUACAGCUCUAGAUUUGGUAGCAUUUUUAGUGUCUGAGAACGCAAAGCAAUGGUUGCAUUGUGGUCAAGAUGAACUUGACGUUUAUUUAUCCCGCGUCAAAGAAGCGAAUUUGAAACUUCUGUUAGCUUUUGGAAUUGGAAUCCACCACGCGGGUUUGACAGAAAACGACCGCAAUAUUGUAGAAGAAAUGUUCGUAACGCAGAAGAUUCAAGUGUUGAUAGCGACUGCAACCCUGGCGUGGGGUGUGAAUUUUCCAGCUCAUUUGGUGAUUGUGAAGGGUACUGAGUAUUAUGAUGGAAAGAGUAAGAAGUAUCAGUUGAUGCCAAUCACGGAUGUCCUGCAGAUGAUCGGUCGUGCCGGAAGACCUCAAUUUGACACGACGGGAAAAGCUGUAGUAUUUGUUCACGACGUUCAUAAAAACUUCUAUAAGAAGUUUCUGUACGAACCAUUCCCUGUCGAAUCCUCACUUUUGGGAGUUCUCUCCGAACAUUUGAAUGCAGAAGUGAUCGCCGGGACCAUCACUUCAAAGCAAGACGCAAUCGAAUACGUCACGUGGACUUACUUCUUCCGUAGACUCCUGAUGAACCCUGGGUUUUAUGGCCUUGAUGGAACAGAACAAGAUCAAGUGAACGUUUUCUUAUCGGGACUGAUCGAAAAGUCAUUGCAAGAACUCUCUCUUAGCCAGUGUGUGCAAAUAGCCGAUGAUGAUAUGGGCUUAGAGCCUCAAGUUCUGGGAAGAAUUGCAUCAUAUUAUUACGUCAGUCAUUUAACAGUUCGAAUGUUCAGCCAGAAAGCAGAGCCGAAUGCUAGCAUAGCAGAUAUUAUGAAGGUCCUUACUGAUGCUACUGAGUACAAUGAAUUGCCAGUUAGGCAUAACGAGGACGCUUUGAAUGCAGAUUUGGCGAAACUUGUUCCAAUAGAGGUCAACCAAUAUACCUAUGAUGACCCGCAUACUAAAGCGUUGCUGCUGCUUCAAGCGCAUUUCACAGGCUGCGCAUUGCCUUGUUCGGAUUACUUGACGGAUACUAAGUCCGUGUUGGACCAGUCCAUUCGUAUCUUGCAAGCGUUGCUGGAUUGUGUAGCUGACCUGGGAUGGCUGACGUUUUCGCUGAAGAUAACCCAAAUCAUCCAGAUGAUAGUACAAGGUUUGUGGAUUACCCAAUCUCCCUUUCUACAACUUCCCAACAUGGAUGGCUUCAUGAUCGGCUAUCUGGCAAAAGAGUAUAGAAGGAAUCAAAACAGAAACCAGUCAAACCUUAACUUCGCACGAUCUCUUCCUGAAUUGAUGAUGUAUUGUCGUGAAAACUACGUCUCUUUGAAAGAGAUAUUACAACCUCAAAUGAAAGAGUACGAACUAGAGCAGUUUUUUAAAGCAUUGCAAGUUCUCCCGAUUCUAAAAAUGAAUUUGGCAAUUUCUGGUUUUUGGGAGGACGACCCAGGAACCAGAAAACAAAAGCCGGUUAUCAUAGUCGACCCUGCAAAAUCUAAUUUGAACAAAUCUGAUAUUUGGAUUGACGUACACGCUGACCAAGAGUAUUUAGUUGAACUGGAUUUGAGGAAGUUAAAUAGGUGUCCGAGAAAUGCGUAUGCGCCUAAGUUCCCGAAGCCAAAACCAGCCGGCUGGUUUUUCAUUUUGGGCGAUAUUGAAAACCAGGAGCUACUGGCGCUGAAAAGACUGACUAGUUUGAGACCCAAACAAGCGAUUUCGUUAUCGUUUUUCUCUCCGGAAGAAAAAGGAAAAUGUAUUUAUACAUUGUACGCUAUGAGCGAUUCGUAUUUGGGACUAGAUCAACAAUACGCGAUACACUUGAACGCGAUUGAUGCAUGUGUUCAAACUCAGCUGGAAAUGGAAUUAACAGAACUGGCUGAUUCCAGUUCCAGUGAUAACGAAUGAAUUACCUUAAAGGCUCUUGAAAAUUAAUCCAGAAAAUUUAAAAAAAAAAAGGAAAAAAUGCACAAAUUAAAAUUGACUGAG